GUUUGCUUUCCGUUCCGUGUGUGGGCUUGAGCGGUAAUUGAAUGGGUCAUCCGGUACCUUCGACAGCACACAGUUGACCUAACUUUGGGAGCUCUCGCAGAUUCCGGCGGCGACGGCGGCAGCAGCGACCAGCAUGGCAGCCAUCCACUUUCCUUGAGGAGGUCGGUGAGUGUUUGGUGCCCGCCCCGGUGGUGGCGGAGCCCAUAGCGGUCGAUACGGUAGUGGAGCUUGAGGUGGCGUCGCAAAAGAUGCUGGAUCAGGCGCAACCGGAGCCGGAGGGUCCGGCUUUCACAGCGAAGGCACAAAUCUUGCCGGGCAGUGAAGCGGCGGCGGAGAGGAAAGACAGUUCUCCACCCAGUUCGGAGCUGUCAACUGGGAAGAUGAACCCCCGAGCGCCUGGAUGGAAUAAGAGGUUGAGGACCGUUGCUGCAACUCCAAGCCGCCCACCUUGCCCAAACCGCACCAGUGCAUUUGAGAAGGCCGUUCGUAGCUAUGCCGAAAACCCAACUGAGAAUGUAAUAACCCCAACUGUCGGCACAUCGUUCGACUCGGUUGGGGAGGCAUACGACUUUUACAAUUUGUAUUCAUGGGAAAAGGGCUUUGGUAUUCGAUACGGUAAGAGCCGACUGAAUGUUGAGAGGACGAAGUGCAUGCAGGAAAUAGUCUGUGGUUGCUCGGGGAAAGCUGGUGUGGAGAACACAAGGUCAUGUCGUUGCGAAUGCCCUGCUCUGAUAAUGGCUGGACCAAUGCAUCAGAGGCAAGUGGCAAAUGCAACGACUGCUGUGUCGAGGCAAAUGCCAUUGAUGCAGGUCCCCCGGGCUUCGGGCGUAGCACGGCCACAUCUAUUGGUGUGCAACAGACAGAAGGAGAUGAAAAUGAAAUGGGGAAUAUCUUGCAAGAGAUCACAGAAAUGGAAGCUACUACUAUAGAUGGGGGGAGAAGACAUGUAAUUUCAUCGUGCAAAAAUAUAACGAUUGGCAUGGAGUGUGCUAGAGCCAGGAAUGUCACUGUGAAACAUGAGAACGAUGAGGAUAGCUGUAGACAGCCUCGUGUGCUAGACAUUGACGGGGAGUGUGCGAGGAAGCUCCAGAAAGAGCUGGACGAGGAAUGUAAGUAACUUAUUUUUUUCCAAGACUGAAGAUAUAUUUGUGUUGUACAUAGCGUAGUCCAAAAACAAAUAGAGGUUAAAUUAACGACUAGGCAAUGGAGCAGUUGGCAAAUGAUGAUCAGGUUGCAUGUAUGUAUCAGAAGAUGUAUGACCAGAAUGCCACUGACGAGCAAAUCAGGGUGGCGACCACACAUCAUGGUCAGGGAACAGGGGCAGGUGGUCAUAGAGCAUCAGACGUGGGAGUUCAGACGAGGUUGGACGAUUUUUUCCACUGUCGGACUGGUCUGGCCAGACAAUGAACCACUGAAGGACGGAGAUGUGUCAUUCGGAAGAAACGUAAGUGCAGCAAGAAAUCAAGAAAGGGGAGGGCUAAACAACGAGGUUCUCAAAUAUUGUUCAGACAAUCUGUCCAACAGAAAGCUCUGAAUCAGAUGACAGCAGCACAGAUGACGGGAACAUUGCUUACUACAUAGAGUUGCCAACAUCGAGACGAAAUACUAUGCCAGUGAGGUGUGGGUGGGUGGCAGCAGAUGUGGGGCGAGUUGCUGCGCCUGCUGCAGAGGUCGCAAAUGUUUCCGUAGUCAAUAAUCCUGGUCAAUAAUAAUCCUGAACAUUCAACUGGUUACACUUACCAAAGGACAACAAGUGAAUGUCCGAAUAACCUUAACAGCAUGCUUGACAGAUAUACGAGAUGUUGGUGCUGGACAGCAGCCUGUGGCAUCAUUCUCCGCUGAAUCAUCACUAUUUAUGUUGCUAGGAAUCUGUAGGUUGGCAUCGCCCGUAUCCCCUUCACAGCUAUCUUCAUCGGACAUGUUGGGUCUGCAACAUGAUCAGAGAAAUUAAACCUGAUAUACAGUCCCUAACCAAUGGAGUCACAUGAUGCAGUGCACGUACAUCUAAAAUGGAUUGAAACUGAUAGUAGAUGAUGGUUUUCAAUAACUGUAUAGGUGAAGCGGAAUCUCUAGUAUCGUAGUGACUGUAGAUGAUGGUUCUGGAAUCUGAAUCUAAUUAAACACUGAAACCUAUAUUUUCUUAUACACUCAAGCUAGAAACUGAAUGUAGAGAUGUAUUGGCUGCAUGUGAAGCGUGAAUGAAGAAGUAAUUAUAAGUUAUGGACAUCCGUCUUGGUUUGAAAUGAUUUCUAUGGAGCGAACUAGGCAUAUGUGGCUGCCAAAUCUACCAACUCCUAAUGAGGAUCUGGCUGAUCCAACCGGUGAAUUAAAAGGGUAAACAUUAGAAGAGCGGCAUGGGCAGCACGGGACGCGGUGAUUACCGGAGAACUUCAAACACUCUGAGCAGUACGUUAAUUUACAUAUCCAUGCUGGCAUACAAAUGACCUGACAAAAUGCGUCGGGAUGGUCGAGUUGAACACAAAAGCGAGCAGUAGAAACUAGACCGGAGGCACAUAGUGGAAUAAUCAAACUAAAAAACAGUGGACUUAAGACUUAACUAGACGACUCCUCCAUACUACAUGGAUCAUUGACCACUAAACUAGCUGCUUCAGCAUGGCGACGACGAGGAUGAAGUUGGUUCCGGCCAGGAGCAGCGCCGUACGCUGGCUGUCAGUGAAGCAGCAUUGAGGCGCCGCGCGGGCAACAGUGGACUGCUGCAGCGGUGGCUGGUUGCUUACAUGGGCAGGCUGAAUCUCCGCCUGUUCGCCGUCGUCGAAGUUGUGCUCUCGCCUUAGUCUCCGCUGGAGAGGACCGAACAGCGGGACGGGUGGACGGCAAGGGAGUGAUGCAGCCUGCAGCACAUACGGCUGCAACAGGCCAUGACGAGUCAGCUCCGGCAGGUACGUCUUGGUGGAUCUCAUGAACUGGCAUAGCCCAGCCUGCGUGGAUCCUAAGUUCAGCACCGGAUUGGGAGUGGCAAAUCUAAAAGUGAUUGUUCAUCAUGGAAGACGGGCACUUACAUCUUUCCUGACGCACUUGUAGUACCGAGUUCUGCCGCGAGAGACGAAGGUGACCACCUUAAGCAUUUGGCGCAAGGAAUCAGUGGCAGCACUUCGUCUGGCUGUGAUGAUGAAGAAGAAGCAGCCAUGGUCGCCAAGGAGAGGAUAAGGGUGAGGAGCAGGGCGUAGAUGAAUCUUCGAGAGCAAGGGGUGGUGCUGGCGACGCAGUGCAGAAACAUUAAAAUAUCCCCGGAGGGCACCAUUUGGGAAGAUAACGGAUGAGCCGUGGACCACGACGCAAAGAUUCAUCUGAGCCGCCUCGCACGGGAUGACGGACGUCGAAAUGAAUGCGGUAGGUAAGUGGGCCAUAGUCUGUGAAAAAGCAGACAUACUAUAGAGAAUACGGACUAAAAAACAAUCCCUGAUGCGAAUCUUAGCGCGAAAGAACGGCUAUGAUAACAGGUGCAUCUAAGCUCGAGCUCAGAAUAGCACUUUCGCGUUCUGUUUCCAAACUCCAAGACCCCCCUUCCUCUUGUCUGUGCCGCACCGUCGCGGACCGGGUGCCUGCCGAUCAUGGCCAGCCGCGACGACCUCGCCGCGCUCCGCGAGCAGACCGCCCUCGCCUCCUCCGCGGCCGUCUCCGUCUCCGACCUCGACCUCGCGUACCAGCUCCAGCUCGCCGAGGCCAUCCAGGCAUCUCUCCGACUCGACGCCCUCUCCAGUAAUCCCUCCUCUUCCAAAGGCAAAGCCCCCAUCGCCGCCGCCGCCGCCUCCUCCUCCUCCUCGUCCUCGUCCCGGUCCCAGCCCGCCCCUGCGCCGCCGGAGCCCUCGGACGCCUCCUACGCCCUGGCGGUCCACGCCGCCGACCUCGCGCGCGCCGAGGAGGACCACCGCUACGCCGAGGCCUGCCGCGCCUACCACGCCAGGGCCGCCGCCUCCGCCUGCGUCGCCGCCCACGACGCCAUUUUCGCGCGCGAACUCGCCGCUGUCCCGGAGGACCAGUGGGCCCACGACGGAGACAACAUCGAGCGCCCCCUGGACUCGACCAAGCCCCUCUUCCGCGUCAUGUUCAAGGGCAUGGCGAGCAAGGAGGUGGUCGGGUCGCGGGACUGGGACCCCCGCGUCGCGGUCCUCGCCGUGGCGCUGUGCGACUCCCAGGGAAAGGUGGUGCUCAGGAUACAGAAGCCGGUGGAAGGGUUUGUGGGCGGACGCAUGAUGCUCGAGGCAAUGGCUCUCACCGAAGGCCUCCAGGCGGCGCUCGGGUUAGGGAUCCAGAGCAUCAGGAUUCUCAACGAUUACAAGGCACUCCAUAACCAUAUGCGUGGAAUUUGGCGCCCGAAACAGGCGAAGCUUGCAGAAAUGAUAGAUCAGGUUCUGUCAGUAGCAAAGAAAUUCAAACAAUGUGAAAUUUCACUUGUGGAACGAGGCAAACUUGAUUACGUGAUGAAAUUAGCAAGAGAUUCGAUACUCUCUCAGAUUGCCAAAGCAGUUGCUGUGAAUGCUAGCAAGGAGAAAAGAGAGACCUGCGCCAUCUGCCUGGAAGACACCGAUGUUUCUAAAAUUCAUGUGGUCGAAGGCUGUGCACAUCGCUUUUGUUUCUGCUGCAUGAAGGAGCAUGUGAAAGUUAAGCUACUCCAUGGAACUCUACCAGCUUGCCCACAAGAUGGUUGCACUACAAAGCUAACCGUGGAGGGUUCAAAGAUAUUCCUAUCGCCUCGACUGUUAGAUAUCAUGGUGCAACGGAUCAGGGAAGGACAGAUCCCUGCUACUCAAAAGAUUUACUGCCCGUACCCCAAGUGUUCAGCCUUGAUGUCCUUGAGUGAAAUGAAACACCCAUUGCAAGAAUCUUCCUCAAAGUACACCAUUGCUGAUGCUGCCACAUUGAGGAAGUGUGUCAAAUGCAGAGGCUCAUUCUGCAUCAGCUGUAAGGUCCCAUGGCAUGACAGGAUGUCUUGUUACGACUACAAGAGUAGGUACCCCCAAGCUCGUCCAGAUGAUGCGAAGUUACAGAACCUUGCACGGCAGCAGCUGUGGCGCCAAUGUGUCAAAUGCAAGCACAUGAUUGAACUCUCAGAGGGCUGCUGCCAUAUGACCUGUGUAUGCGGCUAUGAAUUCUGCUACACCUGUGGGAAAGAAUGGAAGGACAAGAAAGCGACCUGCUCCUGCCCGCUGUGGGAUGAAGAUAACAUUAUCCGUGAUGGCAUGGAGGAGGAGGAUGACGACGACUAUGACUAUGACUAUGACUAUGACUAUGACUAUGACUAUGACUAUGAGGAUGAGGAUGAGGAUGAUGAUGAUUACAAUGAUUACUAUGCUAGAGAAGGGCAACACUAUGACAGGCAUAAUGCUGGCCACCAACAUGGUGGAGGAGCGAGGAAUUUUUAUGACUACAACAAUAAUCCCGGGCAUCAUCCUCACCAUGGCGGUGGAGGGGCACGAAAUUUCUACAACUACAAUUAGUCUAUUUGCAGCUACAACUGAUAUUUGCGUUUGCGUUUAGUGUCUAACCAGUUGACUGCUGAUGGUACUAUCCGUUAGGCCCACAUGAACUCAGGCAAGGCAAAUUAUGAGUGAACGUUGGUUUUUGCUCAUGGCAUAUGUUCUUGAUCUGAUAUUAAUCAGCAGUGGUAUUUUCUUUUGUGAUAAUGAUACUCUCUAGGAUAGUAUGCACAUGCUUCUCAGAA